AUGAAGAAGAGCGUGCACCUCGCACAACUCAAGAUCCCCAUGACCUUCACAUUCACUGACAAGGUUGACGUGGAUAGACGACCUUCUCUCCGGCUUGUUUCCAGGCUCAGUCCGGGCCUUAAGUCCGACAACAACAAGUCAUACACAAUCUCCAACAGCUUUGACGAGAGCUCGACACGGAGCUCGGGGAAAAUCAUUAAUCCGUUUUCCCUUACAGCGGCUGAUAGAUCAAGGCAGAAGAUUGUCUUCGGCGCAAUGACCUUUGGCCGCAAAGGCGCCGAGCAAGCCCGCGUACACGAUCUUGAAGUUGCUGCCAAGAUUGUAGACGUUUUCCAAAGCCAUGGACACUCAGAAGUUGACACGGCACGUAUAUAUGGCGGAGGGAGCUCGGAGGCUUACCUGGCACAACUAGAUUGGCAGUCUCGUGGUAUUGCCUUGGCUACGAAGUUGCCGCCUGUUGGCGUCCAUAUACCACCAUUUCUGGAUACGAGAAACAAAACACUGCGCGAAUUGAUGCUUGAGAGCAUGAGAGCUCUGAAGACUGAUAAAGUGGAUCUCUUGUAUCUCCAUGGACCGGACCGGAACACACCGUACGAACAAACACUUCACGAAAUCAACGAUCUAUAUAACGAGGGCUACUUCACGCGCUUUGGUAUCAGCAACUUCGCAGCGUGGGAAGUGGCACAGAUGAGCGACACGAUCUCUCGUAAUGGAUGGAAGAAGAUUGAUGUGUACCAAGGGAUUUACAACGCGCUGCACCGAGCUGUCGAGCCAGAGCUUUUCCCGGCACUAAAACACUACGGCAUCGCGUUCUACGCCUAUAAUCCUCUGGCUGGAGGGUUCCUGGCCGACCGCUAUCAGCGUGAAACCGAGGAUCAUGAGGGCGGUCGAUUUGACCCUAGUCAUGUACAAGGUGCUCUGUACCGAAAGAAGUAUUGGAACGAUGCGCAUUUUGAUGCUCUGGAUAAGAUACGGCCACUCGCCAACAGGGUGGGGCUCACAACCGCGCAGGCAGCUCUCAGAUGGAUGAAUCACCACAGUAAAUUGACCACGGACUUUGGUGAUGCUAUCAUUACUUCGGCGAGCAUUGCCGAACAACUGAAGGAAAAUCUUGCCGCUUUGGAAAUGGGUCCGCUGCCUGAUGAGCUUGUGAAAGCUUUUGAUGAAAGCUACAGGGUAGUGAAAGCCGACGUGUCGCCAUAUUUCUUCUAG